AUGCAGCUCACAACUCUCACAACGCUCGCCCUCGCCUCCAUGGCGAUUGCUGCUCCGGCCGUGCAGCAGAACUCCGUGGUGCCUCUGUCCGAGAAGCUCAAGUCUUCGCACCCGGAGGCUUACGCAGCAUUCAUGACUGCACCUUUCAUCGACCUGGGCCCUGCGACUGCGAAUGAGAAGCGCCAGGCGGUCCCUGUGGACGGCCAGCCGAACGGAACGCGCCCUAUCAUCACGCCCGAGAACAUCUUCGUGCUCCAGUGCUCUGAUGCUGGGUUCCGGGGAGAGUGCCUUUCCUGGGGAGCCCCUCCUGGCAAAUGCGUCAACUUCUCUAGCUACAACAAGACUCAGGCAUUCUUGGACAAGUACGACAACCAGACUAGCUCCCUGAGCACCAACACCGGUGGUCUUUGCCAAUUCUACAAGUUUACCGAUUGCAACAACAAGGGUGAUGAUCGUGGCGUCACCCUUUCUUACAACUACAACCUGGGUGAGGCCAGCGAUGGCUACUCAGGCGACUACGAUGACCAGAUCAGCUCUUGGAGGUGCUGA